AUGGCACAACCACAACCUCAACCACAAGUUCCAGACCCUGCCAACAUACAGGCUGCCACCAACGGAAUGACUGCGGAAAGAAACACCAUUGCACAGAGUGCCCAGGCGUACAACGUUCAUCAAAAUCGGCUCACUGAUGAGCUAACACUCUGUGCCAACUACCCUGUCGGACAGAUGCAGCAACAACUUGCUGAUCUCCAGCGGACUCUUCAGCGGUCAACCGACAAGAUUAGGGCCGAGACUUGGAAUUUGAGGGCCCAAAUUCAGAACGGAAAACUCACCAUGGCCACAGGAGCUUUAACUAGCAUGCGCAGCGUCGAUCCGGGCGAUAACCCUCAAGUUCCAAUCGGCAAUGCCAUCCCGAACUUUCCAGCCACCCCUGAUGAUAUAUCAGAUAUGAACGGUAAUUCCCCUUUCCAAUGUAUCUCCUUUUGA